AUGUCGGCGCCGACGCGAUUUUUAGCUGACUAUGGGAAAAGAAAUUCCGGCUGCAAAAAGUGCAAGGUACAAAUGGAGAAAGGGGUAUGAUUCGUUUUUUUUGCCAGUAGUUUCUCAGGAGCUCAUCAGAAUGAGCUGUUUAGAUAAGUUUGAAGAUACAUUUCCAUUUUUUUCUAGGAGCUAAGAAUGGGAAAAAUCAUUCCAAAUUUUUUCGUGCAAAGAGAAGAUGCGCCGCCGCCGGACAUGAAGCAGUAUUUCCACGUGAAUUGCCUUUUCGAGAUGCUCUUCAAGGCCCGCGCCACAACUAAGGUCAUUGAGAGUCGCGAUGAAAUUGAAGGUUAUUUGUUAUCGAAAGUCAUUCCGCGAGGUCCCGCGUUUUCAAGGCUUCGAAGAUCUGAAAGCGGAAGAUCAAGAGAAAAUUGGCGCGUUGGUAGACGAACUCGUCGAGAAGCGAAGUCGUGACGGAGUUGCUUCAACUCCGAAGACUCCCAAGCCAAAAAAAACCAAGGAAGCCGGCGAUGACGGCAAAUCCACUGCCAAGAAAACUGAGAAAGCGCCGGUAGACCUUGAGAUAUCCCUCCUCACAUCUUAAGUUCCUAGCCGAAGAAAAAAUCAAAAGAAGAACCGAGGAAGAGGUCUUCCAAGAAGUUCGUGAAAGAAAGCGACAGCGAGAGCGAGGAGAUUUCCGAAAGCGAAUCGGAAGAGGAGCUUAGUGAAGAUAGCGAGGAGGAGACGCCGAAGAAGCGCAAGGUUCCGGAAAAGAGGAAGUCGCCUCCGAAAUCUCGUCGUGAAGGUCAGAGACAAGUUGGUUUCCGGUUCGGAAAAGGGAAACUUCCAUUAUCAGUAAGAAUCUCGUUACACUGUGACUGUUUAACAGGAAAAACGAAGCAAAUAAUUCAGUUCUCAUCUGAAAAGGCCGUAGUUCUGGGAGUUACCUUUGAAAAAUAUUUGUGAAUAUCUGAACUAUUUUUAAACGAGGAAAUUCUAAAUUUGAUGGGAAAAAGAUAGGAAAAAAAGAAUUUUGUUUUCAAAUCAUUCCUCUUAUCACAUCUUUCUUUUCUAGAAUCGAAAACGUCGAAAGAUGUUCCAAAAGAUGUUGUCGUGUCGGACGAAGCUUCCCAGUUCAACUCAUUUUCCAAGGUUCUAAAAACUCGAGAAACUUGAUGAGGUUUUUAGUUCGUCAAACUUUGUGAGGUCAUCGGAUCGCUGGCCAAACUCACCGACAAAUCCUCUUCCGUGAAGUCUUUCAUCACAAAAGGUUCAUUCUACUACAGAAAUUCUUGAUGCAGUGGAGUUAAGCUGGCUAUGACGGCGACAAAGAGACUCUGUUCCAACUUCUUUUGCCUGGCAUUGAUCAACGCGUUUACAACAUCAAAGAGAAGCAGAUAAUCAACGUUUUCUCCCAGGUUCACAGCUUUUAAGCGCUGGAAGGGCCUAUUUCAAUGCUGCAGAUGCUGAACUUGGAAUCUGAGGAGCUCACCAGAAAAUACAAAGCGGAUGGAGAUGUAUCAGAAGUCGUUAGAGAAGCCGUGGAAGGCGUUAGGAAAAAUCCGCGCAGCGACUGGAGCAUCCAGAAGGUUUCCUUUUUGUAAUUUUGCGGCUGAUUCGCUCGAAAAAAGGAUAAAUUCAAUACAAACCACAGUCAUCAUCACACGCAGAACUUUUUGAAAAAUUGAUUGAACUGAAUUCAAAAAAAGUUUGAAAGUUUAAUCCAUCGAAAAAAUAUUCCCUUAAAAAAUAUUCCCAAACUGUGUGCCUUUCUGGGAAAUCGCUCAUUAUCAUCAUAAAAAGAAGCUUCAGAAAUCAUAUGUUUAAUUUUGAUCCAUAUUUCUCAGCUUUUAGGUCUUAAUAACGCUGAAUAGAUUUUCGAAACUUCUUACCGUAAUCGUUUGAGCUACCGUAUCUCGAAAACUAGCCACAUGAAGAUAUCCGGUUUUUUAUUUUAAAAAUCCUGAAAAUCGUGUUCUGCAAAUAUUCGGUUAAGAGAAAAGUUAACGAAACGCCCUUUUUUAUCAACUCAGCCUGAACCCAAAUGGCGCAGAACAAGUCUUCCUCUUCAUUACAUACAUCCUUUCGAAUCACGUACAUGUAGUCUGAAAUUGUUUGAAAGAUGCCGAUUUGAUGCAAAAUAUAGGAUGAUAUAUGAUUUUGCUGUUUUACGUGUAUAGUCUGAGGUUUGAGAUCAAUCGUUGGCUGAGCAAGCUGGCCGAGUUGAGCACCGAGGCCGAGCAACUCGCUCAUUUCAAGUUCAUCGCCAAGAGGUGAAGACGAUCGAGUUCUGGAAAUCGUUGAUUUGAGGCUGAGUCCCGUGGAAAUCCAGUACGUAGUACGUCUCGUUCUGAAAGACCUGCGCAUCAACGCCGGCGUGGCGACGAUUCUCGAAGGCCUCCACCCCAAAGCCAAUUCAGCAUUUCAAAGCUGUCGUGACUUGAGUUUGAUCAUCAAGAGGUCGGUUUUUCGCACUUGGCUCGAUUCUAGCUCCAUGCUUCACGCGUUUCUUGUAUGUCGGCCAACUUUUAGACAAGAAGAAGGGACCUUGGCCGAAGAAUCUUCGAAAGGAGGAAUACAGCUCGGUUCUCCCGUACUGCCUAUGCUGGUACGUCUUCGACGAGUACUAAGUUCAACUCUUUCUAGGCCGAUGCUUGUAAAUCGGUUGACCAGAUUUUGAAAAAAUUUAAAAACGACAUUUUUGCUGAAAUCAAGUACGAUGGAGAGCGAGUGCAGGUUUGUUCGAACUUCAUUUCAUUUUAAACUGAAAUUUUGAGAUUCACAAGAAAGGUCACAAGUUCACAUUCUACUCGCGCAGCUUGAGGCCGGUUCAAGAACACAAGGUUUUUUUUCACCACAAAAAGUGUUUUUGCGUUUGAGCAAUAAAGAUUAUUGGUAUCAUCAACACGGAGACAUUGGUCGGUUUGCAGAUAUCGACCCUUAAAGACACGGUGACUCAUGCGUUCCCCCAAGGCGAGAAUCUCAUCAUCGACUCGGAAAUUCUUCUCGUCGACACGGCCACCGGCAAGCCGCUGCCAUUCGGAACGCUCGGCGUUCACAAAAAAGAAAAAGUUGCCCAAACCGGCGAAAACUCGCAUAAUUUCAGUUUUUUUUUAGCAGUCCAACGCCUCUGUCUGUCUUUAUGUGUUUGACAUUCUCAUGUACAACGACGAAGAUUUGACCGCGAGGUUAGUAAAUUCUUCCUUUGGCUGCAAUCGAUGGGAAUUAGGCCGCUUGAAGAACGGAAAGAAAUUCUGAAGACGCACAUGAUGGAAAUCCAGAACAAGGUUCUCUUCUCAAACUGUCAACGCGUCAACAAAAAUGUAAUCUGAUAGAAAAACCCUUGUCUGGUUGUUUAGAGGAACUAAUGUCUUGUUGAUCCAAAAUAACCACGAAAAUAGUUUUUUUCCUCGUGACCUUCAUGAAGUUAGUCCAUUCCAGCAGUCUGACAAGGAUAUAUAAGAUUUUUAUCGAUUACGAAUUGAACGAAAAUUUUUUUCAAGGAUGGGGAGCAUUUGAAAAAGUUGAUCUGGAAGGCAAUUGAUGAAGGACUCGAAGGGCUAGUAGUAAAGGUGAGAAACUAUUUCUGAUCACUUGCCAUCAGAAUUGAUUCAAAACUUGAAAAAAUUUUCCAAGGAUGUGAGGUCUAUCUAUGAGCCGGGGCUGAGGAGAUGGCUCAAGGUGAAGAAAGACUACUUGGAAGACGGAAAAAUGGCAGAUACUGCAGAUUUGAUCGUUCUUGGCGGCUAUUUCGGCACUGGUUCCAAAGGUAUUCAAAGAAAUUGCGAUCUUUUUGGGGACGGUUUUUAGGAGGGAAGCUCUCAAUUUUCCUGAUGGGAGUCCAGGACAAGGACUCUGGCAGUUACCUGACUGUUUGCAAAUGUGGCAACGGUCUGACGGACCAGCAAAUAGACAAGUUCAACAAGGAGUUACUCGAUAAGGUUGCUCUGAGCUUUUUAAUUGUUUUUUUUAAUGAGGACCCUCAUUUUACUUCUGGUUCUCACCCCUUUGCGCGCAAAAAAAAAAUUGGAAAGAACUGAAAAAGCACUUUUCGGGGUGUAGGCCGCACCCGGGGUGGGAUCCAGCCGACGCAUGUUUGAAACAUUAAAUCAUUUAUUUAGUACAUGAACGAAUUUUGUCCAAAUUCUAGAAAAUUCGCAACUGAGAAGUAAAAUCAAGCCUUUUGUAAGUGAAAUUUCAGAUGGAGAGGAUCGACGGACGUCAUUCUGAGCUGCCGAGUUGGUUCAAGUGCGCCAAAGGACUCGUCCCCGAUUACGUCAUCAAAGAUCCCAAAGAAGCUCCUAUUUGGGAAAUUACAGGUUCCUUUUUUUUCUGAAAGGAAAAUGGCUUCGAGUAUCAAUUUAGGCAAUAUCCUAGAUUUCCACCUCAUUUUUUUGAUGUUUCAGUCUCAAAUUCAAUUUUUUUCGACAAUUUUUUUAACUCAUAUAACUUUUUAAGAAUGAAAAACAUAAUUCCAAUGGAAUCUUGAGAUUCUUCUCUGCAGGUCUCAAUUUAUUUAACUACAGCAGUAAAAUAAUAGGUGCUGAAUUUUCGAAGUCAACGACCCAUACAGCCGGCGGAAUGUCUAUCAGAUUUCCACGUGUUACCCGUCUCCGAGAGGACAAGACAGCGGAAACAGCGACAAGCCUCGCCGAACUGAAGGUUUUUAAUCAUUUGAAAGACUUCUCAGUUGUCUUUUCAGCGUUUGUUCGAGGCGUCCAAGUCUAAUCUGAUGGAGGAGCACCUGGAAGUGGACGAAACUCCGCUCUACGCGAAAGAAAAUGUGCCGAUGGAGAAGUAGGCGCUCAAUAAACGAGAAAAAAGACUUGUGAGAUUUAGAGAAGUGAUAAAGAAUGAAAAAGAAAGUGUGGUGAUUUCGGAUGACGAUACAGAAAAAGACGAAUGCCCGGAGGAUAUGGAACCUUGUCGGUGAGACCGAUUUUUCGUUUUUCUCAACUAUUUGCGAGUGGCAGAUAUGAAAGGAACUAAUUCUAAGGUAUGGAGCUGAAUGCUAUCGGAAGAAUCAAGAGCAUAAGAAGAAUUUUUGGCAUCCCAGCAAGUAA